AUGCCCACCCUGUCCGGCCGCACCAGGCCGAUCGAGAAGUUCGCCGCCGCGGCCGCCAAGUGCUCCGUCGAGGCGUCGGCGUACGGCAAAUGCAUCGUCGCCGACUACCAGUCGACGUACCACGACAUGUGCGCCAAGGAGUUUCUGCGCCUGAAAGAUUGUUACCUGAGACACGCAAAGAAGUCGUGA